AUGGAAGCUGCUUAUAACGAUUCCGGUAGAAUGCAUGAUAAAACAUCUUUCAAUAAAUGUACAGUAAAUCGUGUUAGUAGUGCUGUUAAUGUUAAAUUAAAUUUUGUAAACUCAAAGACUAAAACUGUGUGUGGUCGCUGUACAGGAAAUCAUAAAUCCAGUGAUUGUCCUUAUAUUAGCAAAAAAUGUUACAAUUGUGGCAAAAUUGGUCAUAUUGUUGCUGGUUGUCGUCAACCAAAACAGAAUAAAUCUAGCUCAAGCCCAUAUCAACAAGGUAGAUUUAAGAGUAAAUCGAGAAAAGUUUAUGGUCCAGCACACUGUGUGGAAGAUGAUGAAUCAGACAAUAUUGAUAAUGAAGCUGGAACAUUGUUUGGUGUAAAACAUGGUAAUAAUGGUAGAAAUAGUAAAACCAUAAAUUUAGAUGUUGUUCAUCCUGAAAUUAAAGUGGAAAUGAGUAUUUUGGGUGAAACUGUCAAUUUUACAGUGGAUACUGCUGAAUCAGUUACAGUAAUUUCCGAAGAUUUAUAUUUUGAAAUGUUUUCUGAUGUGCCUAUGGACGAGUCUAAUGCUAUAUUGCGUGGUUUUUCCGGUUCUGUUAUACCUGUUGUAGAGUUUUCACGAUCUAAAGAUUGA